UUUUUUUUUUCUGAAAAAAAUUUCAAGAGAAAUUAGGAACUGUCUAAAAUCUGACCUCCUUUGCCACGGACUUUGAAAUGUAACGGACUGGCUUCCGGCGAGUAAUAGUCACGUGCUUCCGCAAAUUUCAUCGUCUGCGCUACAAACAUUAAAAACUACCUAUUUCAUGUCUGUGGUCUGUACCUGGAUAUUUUAGCUCUUGUGUCCUGCUUUUCGCUCCAGAGCAACCGGAACUACUAAUCAGUAGCUGGUAGCUGCGUGCUGGUUUAUUUGUUCCUGUUUGUUUUCGCCACAUUCCCGCGUUAAGCUAAGCGCUCGGUGCUAAGCUACUUCUCUGUUCUCCACGGAUACGUUCCUGCGGUUCAAUGAGUUACUCCGACUACGACUCAGACGGAUACGUGUCAAAUGAAGAUGCGGACUACAUCCCUUCAGAUGAUAACCUCAGCGAGGAUGAUAUUAACGAAUGUGAAAAAGAAGAAGCUCUGCAUGAAGAUGAAAGCGUACCAUAUCCUGACAGGAAAGGCAAGAAAAAGGGCAUAAAAAGUAGGAGGAACAGAGCACAGAGGUUAAACGAAGAGGAGACGGUCGGAAGUGGGGCUGAAAAGGCGCGGCUAGCCCCACACGCCGGUGGUGAUGAAGAAACACAGAAGAAAAAAUCUGAUGACCUUUGGGCCAGUUUCCUGUCUGAUGUUGGAACCAGACCCAAAGACUCGGCACCUUCUGCUGAGUCUGGAACCAACAAGGAGAUGCAUUCUUCAGUGUUGCAGACUCCUCCUAAGAAUACAGACACAAAAGCUGCAGGACCAGAGAAAAUCACCAUCACUAAAGUGUUUGACUUUGCUGGAGAAGAAGUCAGGGUGCAUAAAGAGGUAUCAGCAGACUCCAAGGAAGCCAGGAGUUUUCUGAAGAGCCAGAACAGUCAACAGGACGAGACCAAGAAUGGCGAGAACUCGUCCCUCUGUCCCCCGUCUCUUCCUGGUCCCAGCUGCAGCGCUAAACGUUCUGCUGGCAUGUCGAGCAUCCUGGGUCGUAUUGGAGGAAAGAAGCAGAAAAUGAGCACUUUGGAAAAAUCAAAGAUGGACUGGGAUGCUUUUAAAUAUGAAGAGGGCAUCACAGAUGAGCUGGCGAUCCACAACAGAGGCAAAGAGGGGUACGUGGAGCGGAAGAACUUCCUGGAGCGUGUUGACCAUCGUCAGUUUGAGCGGGAAAAGGCAGUGAGGCUGAGCAACAUGAAGCGAUGACGCUGAUCAAAGAAGGACUCACAAACUCACGUACAGCUGGAGGCUGCAGCGGUACGGUUGGUGUUCGUCAGAACUCCAGCUGGACCUGGGGCUUUGAUCCGGAGCUCAGCGGUUCGGUGAGAUGAGUUGGCACCCAGCGACUGGAAUAACUCAGCACCCUCUCCUUGUGACCUGUUCCAUUCAGCUGCUGUGUCUGGGUUAGGGUCACAGCCUUCGUCCCACUGUUCCACCCCGUUACCAUGUUGUACGUGUGCAGUUAAACUCGUCCAUGUUUGGGUUGUUUUUAUUCUGUCAUCAUGCAGGGAAGCUUACGCUGAAGUCCCAGCAGCUGCUGGUGAGAACUUCUAAACGAGGGAGUUUCCUAAGUGUUUACGGGGUUCUAGGUUCCCUUGUGCCAGUCACACGGUUCCCUUGUGUGGAUAGAGUUUAGAACGUUUUAUUUAGAAAGUGUUUUGUGAUAUUUUCUCACCAAAUCCUAACCCUAACCCUAUCCCCAGCAGAGCAGCAGUUGAAACCGUCUCACAUCUGUGGACACAGGAAGCGUGAGAAAGGGUCGGGCUGUGGAUUUUGGUUCCCUGGUGCCUCUUUUUGCUACUUUUGGUGUUUUUAAUUUAAUACAUGCUUAAAUUACUUCAUUGAAUAAUGAUGGAGUCACAAAUGUGCUGCGUCCUUCAGAAUGUUCCAGAUUCAGAAAAAACCUGGCCUCUUAUUUGUUUCUAUUAAAUGAUUCAAACAUGC